AUGGUAGGUGGCUGGGCAGGUGAAGGCGGCUUGAGGAGGAGGAGCCUGCGUGCGCGCUCUGAGCAUGACGCGCCUCCUCGCGGGGUCGCGCUGGCAGCCUCGGGAGAAGUUGUGCUGUUGUUCCUCCGGCCUCUUCCCUGCCGGGACGGGGCUGGAGACCUAAGCCACAGUGGCCUUUUCUUAGCAGUUGUGGGGGGAUUGAGUAGGCAUAACAGUGGGGCAGAAAUGAAGGCAGAUGGCACGGGCUACAUACGCGCCAUACGUGUGAAGUGCAUUUCCCCUCAUCUCUGGGAGCUGUAGCUGACCCUCAACACACUACAAUUCCCAGCAAAACUACACUUCACAAAAUUCCUGGGGAGAUGUGCUUUAAAUGUAUGCCGUGUACGCAGUCAAGGUCUCUCAAAUAUCACUUUUGUAAUCUUGAUAUUUGCUUGCACAACAAACGAAGAAACAUAUUUGUUUUGCUUUCCUCAUGGGUAUCCCAAGGCGUUAAGGCACCUGAAGUGAAAUGCGCCACUGCCACCCUUCAAUGGAGUGUAAGAGCUCUGUAAGAGCUUCUCCUUGCGGAGUCUCACCCGCCAAGCAGCAGGGCGAGAUUCCAGAUCCCCUGCUCCUACCCAGCAAAGAGGUUUUGCACCGGCUUCUCCUGCCACACCACCAGGCAGGGAGAUCUCAACCCUGCCUGGUGGCAGUGCUGGGUGGCAGAACGCCUCCCCUUUUGUUGACCCAGCAGAGAGACCAGCAACAAAGCUGGUUGGCAGAACCGGCAUGCUGCCCCUUGGGGGGUGCCGCCUGAGGCAGCCACCUCACCCUGCCUCAUGGUUGGGCCUGCUCUGGCUUUCUUACCCACCAGGCAAAAGGUAUUUGGAACAAUCAGGAUCUCUCCUACAAGAAGCUGAGAUCUGUAAGACCAUGUCAGAGACAUAAAACAAGUGCGUAAAUGUUGACUGCUGCAAGUGUGUGUUUGUUAACCUAGGGAUUGCCAGUUUUGAAAGCCCGCAAAACUUUCCUGGGUACCACACACAUACUCCAUGCAGGCAAGUACACACCACAGCCUAAUCUCUUGACAACAGCAGAAUGCUUAUUUCAAGCCAGCAAGGAAAUGAUAUCAUGAGGGUGCCGAGUGCAUGUGUGUCUACAGGCACCAGAUCAGUGGGUAAGCCUAUAAACCAAACAACUUUUGACUAAUUUGCUUUGCUUUUCAAUUUUAGAUUCUUGUAAAAGUUAUUGGAAGUUUCAGUCAAAUGCAGUCCAUAUAGUUAGGCAGAAAAAUUGUCAAUUAUGGAUCAUUCUUAAGUAUCUUUACUUUGUUUUGCAGCCUCACAGGCGGAAGAAACCCUUCAUAGAAAAGAAAAAAGCUGUAACCUUUCAUCUAGUACACAGAAGUCAGAGGGACCCCUUGGCAGCAGAUGACACUGCACCCCAAAGAGUUCUGCUACCUGCACAGAAGGUGGUUAUAAAAUACAGUGUUGUAGGAAAGUGGCUGAGCUUUUACUUUUCAGAGAAUUGAGCCAGAAAUUAUUUCAGCCUUGAAGUUUUGGGGUUUGUAAUAAUGUGUAAUAAUUCCCUAGCACUUAUUUGCAUUACAAUUUUUGCAUUUUGAAACCAUGUGGCAUACAUACUCUGUAGUUUUCAAGGAAGUAUGGUUCAAAGAAAAAUCUAAUUGGGCUAUUUGGAGGUGAGGGAAUGCUAAAAUCUGUGUUCACACACUUCAUAAAAAGUGUUUAGAAAGUUACUGUAUCCAAAGUGCCUGCUUUCUCCCUGAAAUAUUUGCUUCCUCGUAAUCUAUGUUCAGCAAAAAUACUGGGCAGAUGCUUUUAUUGUUAAACUGCUUUGAAAUGUUUCAUAGGAAGUGAUUCAUAACUGGAAUUAUUACACAAAUAAAUAAAUUUGGGACCUCUUCCUUUAAAAAAAUACCUCUAGGGAGUUGAUGAAAAAAGAAGAGAGGAACAGAGGAAAUAUGGAGUAUUCUUUGAUGAUGAUUAUGACUACCUGCAACAUCUCAAAGAAGCUUCUGGACCGUCUGAGCUCGUUCCAUCAAGCAUACCCAGUCAACAAGGCAGGAUUGUUGUGACCACAGAAGGAGAUGUACAAGAGGAAAUUCAGCAAAUUCCAGUAAGUACACAAUAUACUUGUCAUGGUAUUCUCAAAAGGAGAUUCAGCAAAGAAGUCAUGAUUUUAAAAAGUUAUUUUUUUAAAAAGGCAGGAUUGAAAUUAUUAAAUAAAGUAUUCUGAAAACAUCUAACUUAAUAGAUGUUGUGAUGAUACAUUGCGGAUAUCACACCUAUGUUGUUGUUUUUGAAAUCUUUGAGGCUUCAGUCUAUGGAACUUCCUACCGUAAUACCUAAUAAAGUUCUCAGGCAGGCCUUAACAAAUGUUGCAUUCACUAUAAAACCUUUAACCACUGCUGCCAAAAUAAAUCCUCUAUGUCUUGAAGAAACCCAGGAGCCUGCUUCCUAUGACAUAGACAUGGGAUUGACAACACAAUUAGAGACAGAUGAACAAACUUGAUUUUUUGUUAAGUGAAUUAUUUACAUAAAAAGGGAAAAAGUGUUGCUUUUCAGAUGGUAGGAUGCAAUUUAUUAAGUGUACAGUUUUCAGUUAACCAGGGUAUCUGCUGCUACAGUUCCUAACAUCUAAGAGGGUUUUUUGCAGCCAGAUAAGCCCCCAGUAGUUUUUCCCUGGGACCCGAUUUGCUUGACCUUCACACCAGGCAGCCAUAAGGAGGAAUGAGCAGCAGACUUCUUCAUGUUGACUUCUAGAAUAGUUCAGAUGUUUGCUGAAAUUCACCCUCUGGUCAAGAGCUCAUCUUGAAACCCUCUGGUUCUGGAUUUUGGUGCCUACUUGAAGCUUCACCACUACCUCAGAGCAUGCCUUCGUGCUCUCCCCAGCUGCCAGUUCAUUUCCCAGCAGUUUUCUCACAGACUGCCAGAAUUACUUUCCAAGCUGAGCUCUGCUCUCCUCUAGUUGGCAGCCAGCUGACAGAUUGGCCUUUUGUUCUCCCUCCAGCCCGAGCCUUCUGACCACUCGUUUCCUUGCCCCUUUCAGGGAAGCCUUACCUGUCUGUCUUCUUUCAGGGACUAGUCAGUGAUUCUGCAUGAACAAAUUCUAACAGGCAGUUGAAUUUAUGGACCCCUUGAUGGAAGCAAAUUGCAUUUUAUUCUACACCUGGUCCAUCUAUAAACAAAGGGAGCUUCUCCCACUAGUCAUUUUCAGACAGUCAUCUUGAAACCUCCCUCCUUAGCAACUGUUACUAAGGCAGCCGUAAGUGUUUUGUGACCAUCACAAAGUCACAGAGCCAGGCUUCUGGUCUUUUAGGUUACUUUAUAACCUCAGCCACACGUUUCUCCCAGAAUAUAAAUGUUACUAAGCAUUAUCAUCAGUUUGUUUUGUAACCAGCCUUGCCACAAAGAACUACGCUCAAAAGCAAUGUACUGUAGCAAUGAGAACAAAAAUGCAACUGCCUCUUUCACUGAUUGAUUCUGUGAAUUUUGUUACAAUGGACUAACAUGGCUUUUUAACUACUAUUGGUGUGAAUAAGUCUGUAAUAAUAGUAGCUAAUAACACAAAUGACAAAGUUUUGUAAUUUUUAAAUUCAGUUUCUGUCAAGCAGAUUUAUAGAAGCCCUUUUCAACCUAUGAGACGGGGCGGGGGGGGGAGUGCUGUAUGUCUCUUUGGCAGCCAUCUGGAAGGAUUAGAGGUGUGGAGGGAAUAUUUUUACCCAACACGUAUCAAUUAAUAAGUUGGCUACUGGUGAUGGAACAUACUGCCAUAACAUCAUAGUUUGUGCAUCCACAAAAAAACAACAACCUGGGACAUUUUCUAGAAGUUACUUAUAAGCAGGAUUUUGGAUUCCAGCAGCCUUGCUUGUCAGCUUGCACUCCAGAGAAGCCUAUGUAGAAGAAAUUCUUACAGAUACUAGUCCACUGUGGGGGGGAAUGAACAUACAUGUGCUGUGUCUCCAAUUUCAGAAGAAAGAGGCAAAUAUUUUUUUAAAACAGUAGUAAUAUUUGGUGGUUUUUGUGUCUUGAGUAAUUUUUUAGGGAGGGGGGAAUGACUGCUGUUUUGUUCUUUUUGCUUUUUAGGCCCCCACCAUUAACUUGCCCUCAUCAGUGUUUGCAUCAGAAUUUGAAGAGGAUGUGGGAUUGUUAAACAAAGCCGCUCCCAUUUCAGGUACUAAAUUUACACUGCAGUCUGGUCCAUAUUUACUAAGAAGAUAUACUAUGUUAAAUGGAGGAUACUCUCUAGAAAGUGGCUAUCAAAGUAUAGGCUUAAGCAGUCUGUCUGUCAUAGCAUCUAUUAUUACAGAAUGCUUGAAGCUGCAUCUCCUUUCUGCAGAAUUUCUGCAGAAUUUCUAUAUUAGCAGCAGCAGCAACACUAUGUGGUCUAAUAGAAAAUAGGAGGUAAAACUAUUUUCUAGGUGCUUUGGGAUUGCAUAGAUUUCUUUAUUCUUCAUUCAGAAUCAAAUUGGCAUCAGUUAUGCAGAGCAGAUAAAUGUUUUUGCAUGAUGCAUGGUUCUGCCAUGCUGGAAGUAAGUCUUAUGGAAACAGGGAAAAGGAGACAACUUUUAUUUCAGUUUUGUAAAUACUCAGAAUAGACCCAUUGAGAUUAUUGGACUUGUCCAUUGAUUUUAGUGGAUGACCUCAAAGUUUGACAUAGGACUCAGCUAUACAGCUGCAAAUAAAACAUUUUAAGUGUUUUUUAAGUGCAAUAUACAAUAUGAGACUAGAUGGCGAUGGUGAGCCUCGUGGAAAAUUCAGUGUAUUUUUUUAUUUAAAAAAAAAACACUGUCAGAACAUUUUUUAUAUGUGUGUUGUUUCCACCUCAAGUUGGCCAUCAUACUCAUUCUUCUAUUCACGUAUGGUGGGGAAUAGGUAAAAGGUAAAAAGUCAAAAAGGUGACUAUGGGGUGCAGCACUCACCUUGCUUCAGGCCGAGGGAGCCGGCAUUUGUCCACAGACAGCAGGGGGAAAACUCUUGUAAACUGUAUGAGAAUAGAGUUGUACCAUAAGUUACUUACCCUGAAAUGCAGGCUAGUUUUGGGUUUGUUUGUUUUUUUAAGUUGUGUACUAAUAACAAUUUCAUCAGCUUUCUUUGCAUUUUGAAAAGAAUUUGGCAGCAGCCUGUUUAAAUAUAGCACAAUCACUUAUUGAAUUUUUUAAAAAAAGUAAUUUGAAAACAAAAGCAGAUGCUGCGACACAACUCCUCACAGUAAAAAUUAAUUACCAUAAUCUAAAUUUUCUCACCCUUUUCUAAAUUAGCUCUGGGCCCUGAAAGCCUUCCCAUUCAGGUGGGGGCGUCUUACAACCCUUCUAAAAGGUACUCAGGUUUGAGUCUGCCAUAGAAGGGAAUUCUAUAAAGGGAACAGCCACAAUGAAUGGUUUUCUAUGCUUGGCUAAAGACUGGUGUUUACAGCAAACUGGCUGUUCAGCUCUGACACUUUCUGAGAAAUGGCUUGUCAUAACUCAUUUAUAAGGUGUUAUUUUAUCUAUCUUUAGGGCCUAGGCUGGAUUUUGAUCCUGACAUUGUUGCGGCACUUGACGAUGACUUUGAUUUCGACAAUCCUGAUAAUCUUCUUGAUGAUGACUUCAUUUUAAGGGCUAAUAAUCAAGGAAGCACAGAGCAGGAAAAGGAAGCUUGUUGGUAAUGGAAUGGAAAAAGUAUUACUGUCCUUCGUUGCCUUUCUGUUCUUUGUUUUGCGUUUUGCCACUGGGCAAAACGUUGCUAAGGAACUAUCUUCAUGCUCCUUUUCAUAGAGAUACUUUUCAGAGUCUGAAAAUCAGCACCACAUCAGCUAUUUAACUGUAAAAUAAGAAAAAUAAUGACCUAUGACCUGGUUAGACAAGAAGUCCAAAAAGAAAUGAGGUGAGGAGGAAGAGAAGCAGCCUGAUAGAGAGCCAUCAGAAGCUCAAGUGUAUCACCUUCAAUUUAGGGUAGACCUAUUGAGCACUUUAUUUCUUUACUACCAAGGAAGGCUUAAGACUCUUCUCAUUUUUAGGGCUUCUGGCGAAACAAACAAUACAUUCAUCCUCCUCCAACCAUUUACAUUGUUUCUCAAAUCUCUCUAGCUUCUUCUCUCUAGAGUUGGCCCAACUAUCCUGUCCUCUCCUUACUGUUUCUCACAGUGCCAGUCCAUCAUUGCCUGUGACACUGAGGCAAACGGAAUAGGGUGCCUCCUAGAAUCAAUGCUGCUGCAGCUGCCUCUCUUUUCCCACCUUUCUGCCUUGUUCUAUGCUGGCAGAAGCAGCAUAGGCACCCACGAGUUCUGCCCAUCAUCACCUCUGACCCACCUGUGUUUACUUUCCAUAGCGGUGAGGCAGUCAUGUAUGUUUGCUGCCGGCCCCUGACAGCCUUCUAGACAAUAAUAAUCAGCUGCAGUUGCAGCUGCAGAGAAACCAAGUGGCUUCAGCCCCCUUCCCCUCAGCUGUUGCCUUACAGCAGCCAUUCCUUCAAGCUAUGUUUACAUGUGGUUGUUAUAAAAACUGUAAGAGUUUGCUUUUCGACCUCCUUUCCCAUCUCCUUUCCUUCUAUGCUUUGGCUUUUUAUUGUAAGCCUGAAGGCACACUUUCUACCUCUUUUUCAAAUGCCAUCCUGGGAGCCAUUUUGGCUAAAGAGCAAGAUAGAAAUUAUUUAAUACUUCUUUUUUUAAAAAUGAGAUAGCUGGGUUUCAUUUUCUUUUUGGCUGCUCUUCCUAGGCAGUCUGGAGAUGAAGAUGAAUGGGAGGACAUGGAGGAAGAGGAUGGAGAAGGCACCCAGAGUGAUGUGGAUUCGGAGGGUCCUUUGUCAGAUGACAGUGAGAUUAAAGGAGAAAUGAAAGAAUUUCUUUUUAUGCAAGAAGAAACCAAGAGCCGUUUCACAGAAUACUCCAUGACUUCUUCAGUAAUGAGAAGGAAUGAACAGUUGAGCCUUUUGGAUGAGAGAUUUGAGAAGGUGAGGUAACCUAACGGUAAUGAUUCUGGUGACACUUAAAGGGUUGUUGGCAAAUAUUCCCCCACUCAAACUCUGAUUCUGAUACAGGCAGAUCAAAGCCCUGUGUAAAUGGCUACUUAUUAUUUUUCCAAUGAUAGAAAGACAGCUAACUGCUAAACAAUCAUACCCUGUAAUAUGUACCUUACAUAUUUUUGUUCAAUAUCGAGUAACAUUUAUUCUGAACCGCAGAUAUGUUAUUGUCAAUCAGCAGGGUAGCAAAUAAAUUUGUAUUUGUUUUUACAUAAAGGAGAAGGAAAUUAGGAGAAUGAAAACAAUUGUUCUCAAAACUCGAAUUCCUCUCCCUGUGUGGUUCAGAUUUGUUACUGUAGUUAUAUAAUUAGUUCCAGAUACUUUCAGAUUGAGUGUUGUGUGUUUUAUGUUCUUUUAGUUCUUUGAGCAGUUUGACGAUGAUGAAAUUGGAGCACUGGAUAAUGCCGAAUUGGAAGGUUUCAUUCACAGCGACAGUACGCGGUUACAGGAAGUCUUGAAUGACUACUACAGAGAGAAGGCAAAGAAGUAUGUAGAAUGUCCCAGCUGUCUGAUUUCUUGGUGUUAGUUAAAAGAAUUUCUAUAGAACCUUUUGACAUCAGGGUGAUUUACAAAUGUUGGACACAAGCUACAAUCAAAACAAUUAAAAGGCCAUUUUAAAAAAAUGAUAUUUUUUUUUAAAGGCUAAUCAAAAAGGCCAUUGUGUAGCAUGAAAAGGACAGUUGCAUGAGCACUAGGGAAGCCUCCUGGGGAGGGGAUGUUCUGAGUCCAAAGAUGACGACUCACAUAGAUAGCCUUAGCUCCCAGCUUCAGCUUUCCCAUUUUAUCCUAGGAAGGGAAGCGUCUUUGCUGGUUUAGUGUUUAUGUAUUCUGUUUACUGAUUAAUUUCCAGAGACUACAUUGAAAGCUGAGUAAUUUUUAUUUAAAGGCAUUGUCAUGAAAAACACUAUAUUUCUCUAAUUGUUUAAUUUGGUUGUGGUUUAUCUGGUUCAUGGGGGAAGAGCUCAGUUGGAUCUCUUGUUUAUAUUCAUGCUUGACUGCUGUUACCGAUGAUCAAUUGCUAUGUUAGAAGAGGAAAGCCAAAGUCCUUUAAAUAUAUAGCUAUUGAUGGCAAAAUGUUUGGCUUGAUGCAUGUAUUCAUAUUGACUCAGGGUAAUCAACAUUCUCUGCCUCUAGCAGCAAUUAUAAAGUGUGUGUGUCGGAUACGGAAGAGGCAAUUGUGAUGUCCUGUCAAGUAUCUGAUUGAAGGAAAAGGAGGAGGAAAUAUACUUCAGCGGGGUUUAACAAUCAGUAUAUACAUUUUAUGAAAAAUAAAUACCUUUAAUUAUAUACAACUGGGUAUGCAGCAAACAACAUAGGCUGUACUAAGAGAAAAAUAUUUAGCUUUUAUGCAGUUGGAAUGCCUGCUGAUACUGUGCAAAUAAAAUGUAUUUUGUUGUGAUUCACAAUUAAGGGGAACUCCUUUGCCAAAUUACACCUUUCAAAAGCAUAAUGUAUAUCUACCAUUUUCUGCCAUACCAGUUGUUGCCAGAUUGCAACUUGCGUUAUCCCUGGCCAUUGACCAUGCUGGCUGAUGAAUUCUGGUGUCCAACAAAGUGUGGAGAGCAUAAAUUAGCCACCACUGCUCUAAGGGAUACUGAUCAAUGGAAGAGCAGCUAGAGGCAGUUUUAAAUUUAAAUUUAAAAUGUUUUUAAUAUGCCUUCAUGAAUCUUUUAUUUUUCUCCAAAAGCUGUGUCAAACUUGAAGGUCUCGAAAUCAAAGAAGAUUCAAAGCUGCUCCCCAGUGAGGAAGAAGAUGAGAUAGAAGAAAUUGCAGCUUUGGUUAUUGAAGAACCCAAAGAAAAGUGGGAUUGCGAAUCCAUUCUGAGUUAGUGUCUAGAGCUACAUGUGUCCCCCCCCCCCCAUGGCUAAAAAAUGCAAGGAUUAUACUACUGCUUUUUGUGUGUCAAACUAGCACACACAGUAACUAUUAACGAAAAAGGCCAAUGAAUAAGAAAUUAUUAAUAGUUUGGUCUAUAACAAAAGUUUUAAAAUCAUAACUGGGGCAGUAACUGAUUGAUUACUCAAACUUGUGUCUCUUUUUUUCUCCUUAAGGUACCUAUUCAAACUUAUACAAUCAUCCAAAACUUAUUGAGGUUCCACAAAAGGUAAAUUGAAGUUUCUAUUUUAUAUCAUUUUAAGAAUUUUGACCAGUAAUAGGCACAUCCAAGAAUUUCAGCAUGCCUAGUGUGAUUUUUUUGCUUUAAAGGAAAAAUAAAAUAGCAAGCCUUACCAUCUUGAAAAUGGCUUUUGAAAUUAAAAGCCAUGUGGCAUGGAAGAUGAUUGUCUCUGGGUUGUGUAGAUGAUUGUCUCUGGGUCAUAACUAGUUGUGUAGUUCUUUCGUUCCCUAUCCCAAUAGCAUGUGUGGUCAUAAGCUUACGUGUUUUGGGAUAAUUGUAAGUGUUCUUCAGACCUGUUUGUCAUUACUCAAAAGUGAUCCAGCAUAAACUGGUUGGUGUCUUUUCUCUCUUCCUUUCAGCAGUAUUAAAUAUUUUUGCAUUUAUUGCUCUCACAGAAAACAAGUUCUUAGUAACUUGUUUUACCUGGAAAUCGGAAGCUAAAAAAUUAUCACUAUUCUCUGCUUUAAAUACUAAACAUGCAUGCACAGUUUCAAGUAAUUUCUAUGUAAUCUGCCAAAGAUUUUCAACAAGUAUAAGGAAGCCAUUUAAUAAAUAUUGCAACAGAACAAGAAUACAUUUUUUUUUAUUAUUUAAUCAUAGCCAAACAGACAUUCCCCACCCCCCAGCGAGGUUAUAAAUUCUGCUUUGACUGAGCAUUGAUUUGACACUUAGGGCCUAUAGGUUCUGCUGUAAUGAACUUUGGACUGGGCUGAUUGGGGAAGAAAGCCACAAUGUUAUUGUUGGGCUUAUACAUGACAUGAAAAAGUAUAGCAAGGGGUGUAGGGGGGAAACCACAUUUGUUAGUUUGUUUGUUUGUAUGUAUUUACUUUUCAGCCCAAACCAAUUGAAGUGUCAAGUAAGACAGGAAUCCCUCUGGGUGUUUUGCCCGGAAGAGGACUUACAGCUAAGCAGGCCGAACGCAUGGAAAUGAUUAACGACAGUGACCUGCCAAGAGUAGCCACGCAACCACGAUGCAAAAAUGAGAGUAAAGAAGAUCGGAAAGCUAGAAAACAAGCUAUCAAAGAGGAACGAAAGGUAGGCUUCUUUCACAUUUUUCAGUAAAUACUGAAAUGUGCAUUUGUCUGAUUGUCACUUUCACUAAAGUAGUUGGUCAGUUUUAACUUGAACCAGAGCCAUUUACAUCCUAACUUUUGAACAUGAACCCAGGUAACUUCACUGUUUCCAGGUUGUCUCCCAUAGAUAAGCACCAACAGACUGAGACCAUAUUAGGUGUAUGCAGGCGUAUUUCUGCAGCAUAUAUGUCUUUUGACUUCUCUCCUUUUACAAUAUGCUAAAUUGUUGUUGUGAAAUAAAGGGUGCAGAGGGCAAUGUACACUGAGCACCACAGUGACACUGGUCCUUAUCAGAAGGUGAUCACCUACUCAGAAGGGAGUAGGUAAAUGUAACCUAAUCAGAAGGUGACACUGUCAUGCUCUAUAUUAGAUCCUUAUCAAUUGUUAAUCUUCAUCCGAUUGGGAAAAGAUGCUUUGUUCUAAUGGUGUUUCUCUGUAUGGGUUUAGGAGGGGGCAGAAGUUCCUUCGUUCCAUUUUGAUUGCUAAUACCAGUUUUGGAUUUAUGCUAAUUUUUUACAGAUCUUUGCUCGUAGCAGCUGGCUGCUUGCAAGAAUCUUUGCAUUCUUUGUGACCAGUACAAUAAAUUUUAAAGUGCAGCCCAGAAAGAACCCAAAAACUGGCAUGUAUAUAGUUGAAAGGAUUGGUAAAUCGGUCACUUCAUUCCAAACUCUCUACAUGUUACUAGUGAUAACAAUAGAAAUAAACUAGCUUUUCUUAUGAGAUGCCUUUCUGCAGCAUUUGUAGCAUGGAAUAGCCAAUGUGGUGCUCUCCAAAGCUUGUGGAGGGUGCAUUUGGGUUGUAUCCAAUGCUGCCUGUGCACAAACAGAAUGGAUUUCUGCUCUGGAAGGGGCUUCACGUUCCUCCUUCUCCCUGCACAUCCCUUAAAAACUGUUUGGGAGGGCUGGAGGGUCUUCCACAGAUGACUGGAGAGCAUGUGAGAGGCUGCAGAGGCUGCAUACUGUUUUAUUAAGGAAACUGCUUUGGGAACUUCUUUGUUGAAAUGUAAAUAAAUGGUUUAUCUGUGUAGGAACGCAGAAUGGAGAAGAAAGCAAACAGAUUGGCCUUCAAGCAAGAGAAGACGAGGCAAGAGAAAGAGCUGCUCAACCUGAAACAGAAUAUUCAAGGGCUCAAGCUGUCAUAA